AUGUUUUUUGGUAGUGGCUCGUGUCAACGCCUUCCUGUAUUGAUUUCAAUCUGUUUGAUUCUGUGGCAUACGAACUUGGAUCCAUCUAUCACGCCUUAUACCCGUACCCAAGCGCGUAAGACACACCGAAAGUCUCGCCUGAGCUGCCGCAACUGUAAGCGGCGAAGGAUCAAGUGUGAUGAGAUAAGACCACAUUGCACCAAUUGCGUACGCCACGCAGUUGAGUGCGAUUACAGCCUCCCACCCAAGAACUCUGCUAGCUCAACGGAAUGGAGUAGCCCCUCCAGCUCGGCAGUGUUGGAGCAAAGGGAUGUUAGCUACACCUAUAUCACCUCCACUCCGACAAACUUCAAAUCACCCAUCCGCGCGUAUAGCCGGCCGCACGCCUCGGCCCAACCGACACAGCAGCAACCCAUCCCACCCUCGGACGAGAUCGCCAAACGGCCCUUUCAGUUUACAGUGACCGACAUGGCCCUCUUCCACCAUCUCUGUCGACUAGGGUUCUCCCACCACUACGUUUUGCAUAUUCUCCUUGCAUUGUCCGGCUUUAAUCUCGUGCGAGAAUCCAACGGCUUUCCCUGGAACCGCUAUAUAGGAACCCAGGAGGACUUCCUCGCCGAAGCCGAUAGCCACCUCCAUACCGCGGUGCAAGAAAUCACCGCGUUAACCAGCCAGCUUAACUCUGAGAACGCGCCCGCCAUAUACACGUCUGCGGUGUUCAUCUUCCUCUGCUCCCUCGCCAAGGGCCCUGAACCCGGGGAGUACCUCGCCUUCCGCGACGACGGCGAGUCAGGAUACCUGGGGCUCUUCUUGGGCGUCCGGUCCAUUUUGGAGUUUUGUCAGAAUGAGUUGCCGAUUGAUGUUUGUUAUCUCGGGAGAGGACGACCCAAGUCUCGACGCGGAUGCAGAGAAUGUGCCAGGGCAGGGCGGCAUCCCCGCUACCAACGCAGCAUCCGGCCCGACGGAUAUGACAGCCAAUGCACCAUGCUCCACGAUCUUGUUUCCCCCAACAUCCCCGAGACAGACCCGCGGUCCUCAAGCUACCACCGCAUGCUCGGCCAGCUCCACUACAGCCUGCACGCCGUGCUCGGUCCCGGCCCCCGUGCGGCUGGCAUGUCCCUCUUCCCGUUGAUUUUCUCGUGGCUGGAACAGUUGCCAGACGACCUGGUGCAGGACCUGCAGUACCGGGAGCCGAUCGCGCUCAUUCUCUUUGCGUUUUUCGCGGUGCUGCUGAAUCAGCUCGAUCAGGCGGGGGUUUACUGCCAUUUGGAUCUCGCAUAUCAGCCGUUUAUUCAGUGGCCGGUCGACCAGAUGUUGGUGGGGGGUUUGGCGCAUGUCGUUGAGACCGGAGAGAACUGGCCGUCCGUUAUAUAGAGACACGCUGGGG